UCUCCAAUUUUUUUUUUUGUUUUACACGACGCGUUCGAAAACUAUUGAAAAAAUCACUUAUCCGUAAACAGCUCAAAAUAAGUCAAAAUAUUUUGAAAAUGUUAUGGUGUGUAGAAAAUGCUUAUGUAAACUAAACAUUCAGUCAAAAUUUCAUGCAUCUGCAGUAAUUUGUUUUUUGAAUUACAACAAAAUAAGAAAAUCGCUAUACAUGAGAACUUCAAAUGAUCAUAAAAAUUAAUUUUGACUUAAAAUAUGACUGAUAGAAUACCCGUACGAAAAACGCAACGUUCAGUUAUAAUUAUAUAAUAAAAUUAUUAUAUUGAUAUGAUAUUCAAUUAAAUUUCAUUACAUUUUUUAGAAUAUAAUACAAUAAUAUAGAUAGCCGUUUAAAAUAGACGUGUGAGCCGCCGGAAUUAAUUUUACCUUCCUCAAAAUAAAAUAUUUAGUUUAUACGUGUUUUAAUAAUUUUUGAAAUUUAAUUUUCAUAUAGUUGUUCAUACUUUAUUAUUCAAAAUGAAUAAAGCCAAAAGGAGAGACUGGGACACCAAAACAUCUUUGCAACUAAUUGAUGAGUUUAGACUACAAGAAGUACUUUGGAAUCCAACAAAUCAGUAUUAUUUUUCUAAAAAUAAAAAACAUGAUGCGUGGUGUCAUCUAGCAAACAAUUUGAUACUGAUAUAGAAGAAGUGAAAUUAAAAAUUCAAAGCAUUCAGGGGUCGUAUCGUCGGGAAAAAGCCAAAGUGAAAAAAAGCCUUGGAACUGGAAAAGGUAAUAUACUGCAUUUACAUAAUAUCGAUGACUUAGUGCACACUUGUUAUAAGUCACAUAAUUGAAAUUAACUUAAGAAUAUAUGUGGUUUCUUUUUAAUGUAUAAGUUGAAUUCAUGUAAUAUUCAUUCACUUACCUGAUGUAAUAGCAUUUUUUAAAAAAAUGUAUGGACUUAUAACAAUUACCUUUUGUAAACAUAUUAUAAUAGUUUAUAACGAUAUAUAAAUUGAAAUAUUAAACAGUUUAAUUUAAUUAUUUUUUAUUUAUAGGAGCUAAUGAAAUAUUCCGUUCAAGUUGGUAUGGUUAUGAUGCAAUGAGUUUUUUAAAGGAGAGAGAUGAUCCAAGGCCGACAAUUAAUUCAGAAAAUCUACAAAAUUUAGUUGAAGAAGCUUCUUCUGACUAUAGCUACAGAUAUUAUAAUGAUAACCUUUCGUUGGACAUUUCGGAAAUACAAGGGCCAUCAACACAGCAAUUGUCGCCAGCGCAAAAUGAAAUAGUGCCACCACCCAGCAGGAAAGAUAGUGUUGAUGAAAUUAUUAGUCCUGGGAAUCCAAAUCAACCACAAAAAAAGAAUAAGAAAAACACAACCAAUACAAUUGAUCUUAAAAUUGAUGAAGCGUUCAACAUUCUGAAGAGGUCUGCGUCAAGCUUUGAGUCAAAUUCAUCCGAUGAAUGUACAACAUAUGGUGCCCAUGUAGCAAACAAAAUAAGAUCUUAUCCGCCACAGACUCGAGCGAUCGUCCAACACUAUAUUAAUAACAUACUUUUUGACGCGGACAUGGGAAGAUAUGAUUACUAUUCUGCAAACCCACAUAUUCUUUUUCAAAAUCCAGUACCACAAACAAAUCUAAGUUCCUAUUACUCGAAUGCUCAUAUAGACCCUUCAAAACACUCUUCAUCAAAUUCGGUUGAUACACCAAGGGAGUUUUUAUCUGAGUCUACGUCAUCUGUAUUAGAUCUAGGUGAUAAUCUGACAUAGAAUUAAAUAAAAAAAUAAAUUGCUGGGUACUUGUAAAUAUCGAGAAAAACAAUUGUGUAAAAAUAAGAAAUUUUAUAAUAAUAUAUUGCUUGGUAAUUUUUUGCAUGACACCGACAAUAUUUAAGUGUGGUAAUUUUCUGAUUUAUAAAUGUAUAUUCAGAGAUUUGUCUGUAUGAAAGAAUUAUUUUUUUUAUAGAUAUUUAAUAUUUUUAUUAUUAUGAGUUUAUGACUGUUAAAUUGUUAACCCAAAGGAUAUUUCAAAAGUUGUUUUUGUUAUUUUUUUUAUAAUAGGCAUGUUUUUAAAAAGUAAUCGUUUUUUGUUAAUAAAUAUUGUUUGUUUCUCAGUUUUUAAAGAAUGUUGAUUAGUUGAAUAAAUUAAUGAUAAAAUUGACU